AUUUACCAAAAUGAUACAGAAUUAAGGGUUAGAAAAAAAGGUGGAAAAAUAUCAAUACAACACUUUACAUAUUUUGGGAGAUGGGUCAUAUGGCACCGUGUAUAAGGGCAUCAACACUUUGACACAACAACCAAUUGCAAUUAAAGUAAUUCCCAGAUCGAAGGUCUAUGAUGCUGAAGCCUUGAGCUUUGAGCUCAGAAUCUUGGCCAAGUUGAAGGGAGAAAACAUAGUCAGACUGCAUGAAACCUUGAUGACUCAAAAUAAUUAUUAUUAGGUCAUUGAUCUAUGCGAUGGAGAUUUAAAGCAGUAUGUCCCAACACUCCUAUUUUUAGAUUGCUUGAUAAGUAGAAAUUCUUGACUGAGCAAGAAGCCAUCAACUUGAUGAUAGAUCUCUUGAAAGGAUUCUUGGAAUUGAUUUAGAAUGGUAUCAUCCACAGAGAUGUCAAACCAGCCAACAUCCUAAUCUCCAAGGGGAAGUACAAAUUGGCUGAUUUUGGUUUUGCGAGACUAGUCGAUAAUUAUGCUCAAUAGUUGUUUGUGACUGUCCUUGGCACUCCGCUGUACAUGAGUCCACAAUUGCUGCAAAACCUAUAGUAAAAAUAUACUCUCAUCGUGUAGAUAUUCAACCAAAUGCGACAUAUGGUCAUUGGGAUUCAUAUUCUAUGAGGUACUAUUUGGGCGAAGUACAUCAAUCACUUCUAUCUAGCUCCAUGGAAUGCCAACUCCAUUCCAGAACUAAUCAAGAACAUCAAUGAGAAGCCUCUUUUGUUUCCAGACAAGAUCAAGCAAGUAAAUGAUUUUGUGAAGGAUGUCAUAAGAAGGUGUCUGGUCAUCAAUGAGGGUAUUUACUAUUUAAUUUAUCACGAUCAGAUGAGAGAAUCGGUUGGUAUGAUCUGUAUAAGCAUCCCUUGUUCGCCAAUCACUUUAAGGACAUUGCUGAUUUGGAGGAAAUUUGCAAUGUAAAAAAUGAAAAUGAUAGUAGAACAAAGAGAAAAUGAUAGCCUAAACACUUAGGAAUGAGAUAGUCAGAAAAGAUCUCUCACUCGACUAGUUAGUCAUCAAAUUGAAUUGGGGUCCUCAAGUGACCAUAAAGGAUAUCGAUAAUCUUUUUACAAGGGUUGAUCCGCAGUUGUAAAGAAUUCAAAUUGAGCACAUCUUUAACAAUAUGGAAAAAGCAAACAAUCAAUAUCUAACCUUGUAGGAGUUUUAAAGAUGGUUGGACAAGUUCUAGGUAGAGACGAUAACAAUUUAAACCUUUAGAUCCCUUUUUCAUCUUAUCGACAGAAUCCUAUGGAAUGUUUUAGAGUAAUUAAAUAAACGAUGAAGAAUUACAAUCGAACCUUGGAUCAAUAUUUCGAUAAAUUUAAUGAAGCAAAGGAUGGAAAACUAAAGUAUGAGGAGUUUAAAUAAUUCAUUUUGUAAUGAAAGCUUUUAUAUAUUAAUGUAGGCGGUGUAAUAAUCAAAUUUUUGAUUCUUGGAUUAAGAGUUCCUUUGAAUUUCUAGAUAGAAAGAAACAGGGUUUUGUGACUCUGUAAGAAUUACAACAAUAGCUCGAUAAAACCAAUUGAUAAUUAUUUAAAUUAUAU